UUUCUCUCUCUGUGUGCUCGAGAGCGUCAUGGCGGAGACCGGCUGCUGUAGGAUUUACAGCUGAAGUAUGCCUGCUAUCCCAUCUGUUUUCCCGGCUCAUGGAAUACGGAAAACUGCUUAGUGUUUAAACCCAAGGCACUCUUUACCGUGGAGAGGGAAACUCAGUAACCCAUUUCUCAGAUUAAAGUGUAAGACUGUUCUUGUGGAGUUCUUGAGCAACAGCGACUAUCGUCAGAAGAGCCCGAGAGCGCACGGGCAGACAGGUGAGCCGCUCUGAAGUGGCGCACACAGACUGCAAGGAUCUCAUCAGGGACUUAACUUUAAUAUUUGUUUGCGAUGGAUGGACGCAGUGAGGAUGAAAGUGUCAGCAACAGCAGUGGGGAGUCCAGUAAUUCAGAUGAUGAGUCUGGGUCAGGAUCGGGCUCUGGCUCCGGCUCGAGUUCAAGCAGCAGCAGUUCUAGCAGUAGCCAAUCAGGGAGCAGUGGCUCAGGAAGCAACUCGGAUUCCGGAAGCCAAUCAGACUCGGACUCGGAGAAAUCCAAGGAAAAGAACGAUCAAGAAAACAAAAUCGAUGGAGCAGCGUUUUGGAAGUCCAAUCCCAGUAUCCUGACAGUGCAAAGGACAGCCAUGCUCAGGAAACAACAGCUUCAGCAGCAGCAGAGCUCCUCAAACACCGGUUCAGACGAGGACUCUUCCAGUAGUGAUGAGUCGGAUGAUGAGUCGAAGAGCAGGAGUAAAGGGUCUGGUUCUGACUCUGACUCGGGCUCUGGUUCAGGAAGUGGCUCGUCUGACUCGUCAGCAGAGGAGCAGGAGAACAGCGACGAGUCCGUGUCAGACUAUGAACCCAGUCACAAAGUCAAGAGCAGAAAACCUUCAAACAAGGCCAAUGCCAGGAAUGGGAGAAAUAUCAAAGCUCCUAAGAAGAAGCCCUCCCGCACCUCUUCAGAUGACGAGGACGAUUAUAAAAAAGCUUUAGCGGGACCUCGGCGGCAGGCCACGGUCAAUGUGAGCUACAAAGAAGAUGAGGAACUGAAGACUGAUUCAGAUGACCUGGUGGAGGUGUGCGGAGAGGACGUCCCACCGCCAGAGGAGGACGAGUUUGAGACACUGGAGAGAGUUAUGGAAAUAAGGAUAGGCCGGAAAGGAGCAACGGGGGCUGUGACCACAGUGUAUGCAGUAGAGGCAGAUGGGGACCCAAACGCCAACUUUGACCCCAACAGACAGCCAGGAGAGGUACAAUACUUGAUGAAAUGGAAGAACUGGUCCCACAUUCACAACACCUGGGAGUCAGAGGAGACGCUCAAACAACAGAACGCGAGGGGCAUGAAGAAACUGGACAACUUCAAGAAAAAAGAGCAGGAGAAAAAGAAAUGGCUCAAAUCUGCCUCGCCUGAGGAUGUUGAAUACUUAAACUGUCAGCAGGAGCUCAUGGAUGACUUGCAUUCACAAUAUCAGCUCGUGGAGAGGAUCAUCGGACAUUCGAAUCAGAAGUCUGCCGCAGGUUACCCAGAUUACCUGUGUAAAUGGCAGGGGCUGUCAUACUCCGAGUGCAGCUGGGAAGACGGUGCUCUCAUUGCCAGAAAGUUUCAAAAGUGCAUUGAUGACUACAUGAGUCGGAAUCAGUGCAAAACCAUUCCCUCCAGAGACUGCAAGGUUUUAAAACAGAGGCCACGGUUUGUACCCAUGAAGAAGCAGCCUCACUACAUUGGUGCAGAUGGAUUGGAGCUGCGGGACUAUCAGCUGGAGGGUCUCAACUGGAUGGCCCAUUCUUGGUGCAAAGGGAACAGUUGCAUCCUGGCUGAUGAGAUGGGUCUGGGCAAAACCAUCCAGACUAUCAGCUUCCUCAAUUACUUGUUCAAUGAGCACCAGCUUUACGGGCCGUUCCUUCUGGUGGUGCCUCUGUCUACCCUCACGUCCUGGCAGAGGGAGAUCCAGCUCUGGGCUCCUCAGAUCAAUUUUGUGGUGUACCUGGGAGACAUCAACAGCAGAAACAUGAUCCGGACACAUGAAUGGAUGCAUCCACAGACCAAACGACUGAAGUUCAACGUUCUGCUCACUACAUAUGAAAUCCUGCUGAAAGAUAAGUCAUUUUUAGGAAAUGUGAGCUGGGCGUUCAUUGGUGUAGACGAGGCCCAUCGGCUGAAGAACGACGACUCGCUCCUCUACAAGACUAUGAUUGAGUUCAAGUCCAACCACAGGCUCCUGAUCACAGGAACACCCCUCCAGAACUCACUCAAAGAGCUCUGGUCUCUGCUGCAUUUUAUUAUGCCUAUGAAAUUUCACUCGUGGGAGCUGUUUGAAGAGGAACAUGGCAAAGGCAGAGACUCUGGCUACACCAGUCUCCACAAGGAGCUGGAGCCCUUCCUGCUGCGCCGAGUGAAGAAGGACGUGGAGAAAUCUCUGCCUGCCAAGGUGGAGCAGAUCCUCAGGGUGGAGAUGAGCGCGGUUCAGAAACAAUACUACAAGUGGAUAUUGACGAGAAACUAUAAAGCCCUGAGAAAAGGCCCUAAAGGAAGCCGGUCAAGCUUCCUGAACAUCAUGAUGGAGCUGAAGAAAUGCUGUAACCACUGCUACCUCAUAAAAUCACCAGAGGAGGAGUUCUACAACAGACAAGAAGGACUGCAGCACCUUAUUCGCAGCAGCGGGAAGCUGAUUCUUCUGGAUAAACUGCUGGUUCGGCUGAAGGAGCGAGGGCACCGUGUGCUCAUCUUCUCCCAGAUGGUUCGGAUGCUGGACAUCCUGGCUGAGUACCUGAAGUACAGGCAGUUCUUAUUCCAGAGACUGGACGGGUCCAUCAAGGGCGAGAUGAGGAAGCAGGCUUUAGAUCAUUUCAACGCAGAGGGCUCUGAGGAUUUCUGCUUCCUGUUGUCGACGCGAGCAGGAGGUCUGGGCAUUAACCUGGCCUCUGCAGAUACUGUGGUCAUUUUUGACUCGGACUGGAACCCUCAGAAUGACCUGCAGGCCCAGGCCAGAGCGCACAGGAUUGGGCAGAAGAAACAGGUGAAUAUAUACCGUCUGGUGACAAAGAGCUCGGUUGAGGAGGAGAUUAUCGAGAGAGCCAAAAAGAAAAUGGUGUUGGACCACCUCGUGAUUCAGAGGAUGGACACCACUGGGAAGACGGUCCUUGACACGGGUGCUGCUCCCUCCAGUUCUACUCCAUUCAACAAGGAGGAACUGUCGGCCAUCCUGAAGUUUGGUGCUGAAGAACUUUUCAAAGAGCCCGAAGGAGAGGAACAGGAACCUCAGGAGAUGGACAUUGAUGAAAUCCUGAAGAGAGCAGAGACCAGAGAGAACGACCCUGGACCAUCGACUGUAGGAGAAGAGCUCCUCUCUCAGUUUAAGGUGGCUAAUUUCUCCAUGAUGGAGGAGGAGGAGAUUGACAUGGACACCGAGAGGGACGAUAAGAACUGGGAUGACAUUAUCCCAGCGGAGCAGCGGAGGAGACUCGAGGAAGAGGAGCGACAGAAAGAGCUAGAAGAGAUCUAUUUACUGCCCCGCAUGAGGAAGUGUGCUAAACAGUCCAACUUUAAUGGAAACGAGGGCAGACGCAGCAGGAACAGACGAUACUCUGUUUCAGACAGCGAUUCUGGCUCCGACAGGAAGAGGCCCAAGAAACGAGGAAGACCUCGAACUAUUCCAAGAGAGAACAUCAAGGGUUUCACUGAUGCGGAGAUACGAAGGUUUAUCAAAAGUUAUAAGAAGUUUGGUGGCCCUUUAGAACGACUAGACGCUAUCGCUCGCGACGCUGAGCUGGUGGAUAAAUCAGAGCAUGAUCUGCGGCGGCUGGCUGAGACCGUACAUAACGGCUGUUUGAAGACGCUAAGAGAGAACCCCUGUGGACCCGAACGAACAUCAGGAGGCAGGCGAGGGAAGGUGAAAGGACCCACCUUCAGGAUCUCAGGGGUCCAGGUCAAUGCUAAGCUGGUGAUCUCUCAUGAGGAGGAGCUGGCACCAUUACACAAGGCCAUCCCCGCUGACCCCGAGGAGAGGAAGAGGUAUAUAAUCCCAUGCCACUCAAAGGCAGCUCAUUUUGACAUUGAGUGGGGUAAAGAGGACGACUCCAGCCUGCUUAUUGGGAUUUAUGAGUACGGUUAUGGCAGCUGGGAGAUGAUAAAGAUGGACCCAGACCUCAACCUCACACACAAGCUCCUUCCUGAUGAUCCUGACAAGAAGCCACAGGCCAAACAGUUGCAGACACGAGCCGACUACCUCAUCAAAUUACUGAGCAAAGACCUGGCCAAGAAGGAAGCACAGAAGCAGGCCGGCACAGCAAAUUCACGCAAGAGACGACCACGGGGCAAGAAGAGUAAAGCGGUGAAGCCCAAGAUGGAUGAGGUGACGAACAGUCUGUCCUCUGCGCCGCCGUCAGAUAAGAGCUCUGAAGAAGAGGAUGAGAAAGAGGAAGAGGAACAGGAAAUUCCUCCAGUUAAGCUUCCCAACAGGAGAGCACGUGUGUCAGAGCGGCCGGUAAAGGAGGAGGAGGAGGACGAGGAGGAUGAAGAGUCUGAUGAGGACGAGCCUGAGGAUAAAGAGCCCGAUGAGAAGGACAUCAUGGAGAAAGUGGUCAAAAAAGAGAUUAAGAAGGAGAAGAAAGAGGAGGGUCGGGACAGCAAAGAGAGGGAACCAAAGGAGAAGGAGAUGAAGUCAGAUCCUGAAGAAGAGACUCCUGCAGAGAAGGCUGUAGAGGUGAAAGCAGAGGUGAAGAAAGCGGAUACCCCGGUGCACACGCCCACCGGAGGAGAUGCUCUUCCCCUGUCUGACGAGUCUGAAGAACUGGACCAGAAGACCUUCAGCGUGUGUAAGGAGCGCAUGCGUCCGGUGAAGGCAGCACUCAAGCAGCUGGAUCGUCCGGAGAAGGGUCUGUCCGAGCGCGAGCAGCUGGAGCACACACGCCAAUGCCUGAUCAAGAUAGGAGAUCACAUCACCGAGUGUCUGAGGGAAUACACCAACCCCGAGCUGAUCAAACAGUGGAGGAAAAAUCUGUGGAUAUUUGUUUCCAAAUUCACCGAAUUUGAUGCAAGGAAGCUGCAUAAACUGUAUAAACACGCCAUCAAGAAAAGACAAGAAAAUGCUCAGGCGGUGGAGCAGAACACUAGCUCUGUAAAUACACCAAGCUUUAAACAUGCAGAUGUUGAGCGGAUCAAGGAGUCGCAGCAGGACGACAGCAGCAGAGACAGCUACAGCUCUGACAGACAUCACUCAUCUCGCUAUCAUGAGCACAGUAAAGAUCGGCACGCUGGAGACCCGUACCGAAAGAGCUCCGACCCCAGGAAGAGACCCUACUCCUCCUUCAGCAACGGCAAAGACCACCGAGAGAGAGAGCAGUACAGAGAGAGAGGAGAGCGACAGGACAGCAGAUACUACAGCGACAGCAAGCACCGGAGGCUGGACGAGCACCGCUCCGGCAGAGAGCACCGAUCAGAGAGCAACUCCAAGGACAGGACGCACUCCGAACACCGUUUCCACUCGGAGCACCGCUCUGCCUCCGACUACACACAUCACAAAUCAUCCCGGGACUACCGCUACCACUCAGACUGGCCACGCUCGCCCCGAGACCAGCGCUCCCCAUACGACUCUCGCUCGCCCCUCGGACACCGCUCGCCCUUCGAGUACUCGUCUGACCACAGAAGCACACCCGAACAGGUCUGGAGCGGCCGCAAGACAUAACACUGUCCACUCUCUGAUUAGCCAUAGACACACCACACACAGGAGAUGCCUUAGGGGACUGCUGGCCGCUGCACUGGGGCUCCGCGAGUGCCACCCUUUCCUACUCACCUUACAGGAAACACAGAUCACAUAUUUUUGUAUUUAAGAGUUCGCUGCAUUCUUUCGUAGCUGCUGCAGAGUAAUUUUUUUUAAUUAUUAUUUUUAUAAAUUGACUACUUUCCUUUUGGUUUUCUGUUUAGUGUAUUUUUUUUUUACUUAAAAACAAAAAAAGAAUGAAUCCAUGUUUCACUGUCCGUGCGACACUGGAUCCGGACACACAGCCGACGCAGCUUAUUUAAGAAGUGAUGAGUGAAAGGAUGGUACAAACGUGUGUGGUCUCGAUCCGCUUGAGGGGUCUCUGUUCUGAAGGACUGGGGUUCACCUUCCUAAGUACCUCGUUUACAGUGUUUUGUGACCAUUUUGCCCAUUUUUAUCUGUAAUUUUUCUUUCCAUCAUGCUUGAAUUAUUUAAAUCUGUCUUGGCUGUAAAAUAAUCUGGACUAUUUUUUAGUGCGCAUCAGAUAAUGUCACUUUUUCACAUUGUACUACUGUAAAUUAUUGUAUAAAGUAAAUCAAAUGGGCUUUUCUCAGGCUGGUAUUUUUUUAACUAUUUCCCCAUCAACUCAGGCUAUUUUCUCUUUUCCUUGUUUUUUUUUUUUUUUGACGUUUCUUAAUCUCAGUAGUUUUGAAUCAUGAUAUGGGGUAAUUAUUCCAGGUGUAUUCGUUCUGUAGGAUCGUUUGGUUUGUUGAUCUCUUUUUUUUUUGGAUUCUCUCUAUUUGUAAGUGAAUUGGCCUCACUUUAUAAAAGCAUCAUGUCAAAAAAUACAAGCUGUGUAACAAAAAAAGGACAUGAAAGGCUCGAUCGUAGCUAGAGGCACUUAUGAGCUCUCCUUAGAACAUUUCCAUGAUAAUCUUUCCUCUUGUUUUCUAUAAAUGUUGGCAAUAAUGUAAUAUUUUCUAUGCAGCCCGAGUGUUUUUCUGAUGACUGGCCGGAGUCAGUCAGAAUGCUGUUACAGGACAUACUGAUGUAUAUAGAUCUCGCUCUAUAUUUCAAAUCCAAAUUUACACUGAAAAUGCAUGGAUUUUUAAAGUAAUUGUUUUAUAUAAUUGUUUAUAAAGUCAUUAAACUCAAAUCACUGUU